AUGCCGCAGGCGUUCUUUGAACGCUACGCUAGGUUUCCAUGGUGCUACUACCACUGGACUGGAACUGCUGCGACAUUCUUUGACGAGGACCGAGUGCCGGAAGACUACCAGCGUGCGCAGCCGCCGUUGAAGCGGAUCCAUGACUGGUUACAAGUAUGGCUGACGCUACAGACAGGCGUCGCCAUCGCAAGCGCUGUCUGCCCGCUGACAGGAGUCGGGAACGGCACCAAGUUGGCCAUUCCCAGAGCUGCUUCCAACUCCAAAGCACUUCAUCAUGAUUCCAUGGCAUUUGAAUACGUGUGA